UCUGACAUCGCUCAGAUUCAUUAGGAGCAUGAACUUGAAGAGUUCCUGCCCCAGUGAACAGGGGACACUUAGAGGGGCGGGAAGGAGCCCAUGGCUCUUCCUCUGGGCAUCUUGUCUUCCGUCGAUUCAUUCAACACUCUUCCAGCAUCUGCCACAGGCCAGGACCACUCCGGGCCCCGAGAAUCCUAUGAUGAUCAGGACCACCUGAGAGCCUUCCCUGUGGGCGCAGGUUCCAGUGAGAGGACUGAUGCUGAACAGGUGCAUUUAGGAGGGCUUUGAGGAAGAGUAAAUCAGGGUGAGGGAUGAGAGUGUGCUGCUUCAGAUGGAGAAAUCAAGAAAUGGCUAAGAAGCUGACAUCUGGGAAGAGGGCGUGGCGGGGGGGCAGGACUGACCUUGAUUUACCUGUCUGGGCAUGACUGGUAAAUUUCCAGCAGAACCUAAUGAGUUUCCAUGGUUCAUCCUUUGCUUCUAUCUGUAAGACUAACAAUAGUCCCAUUGCCACAGGAAACCAUUCCCGAUGUUUGCCCCCAGUUGCAAAAGUUAAGGCUCAGCCGCUCAGGGUACCAGCAUUUAUCAGCUGUUCACCACACUGAGCUGGGCGCCCUCCAAAGACAGACGCAGACACGUGGUGACCUUACAGAUCAGCACAGGGGCAGUCGGGGCACCCUGCACGUGCUGUCGCCCCUCAGACCCUUCCCCAGGCCUCCGCGUUCUGUACACGGCCGUGGAGCCACGCACACAUCUAGACACAGUCAUCAGCAGGGUUUGGUGUCACUGUCUUAGGAAACGGUGCACGUCUCUGCGUCCCACCGAGGGCACGAGCCUUGUGGUUAUCUUUUGGCUGGGCCUUAGCCUUAUAAACACAGACACGUGCCUCCGCCACUUAAGCAGAAGGAAUGCAGGCAUGUGGCCUUGGAGGUCUGAAAUGAUCCUCUCCUGAAAUGAUCCAAGACUGCAGAGGUAAGACUGGGUUCAGGGCUCAGCUGCACACUUUGAGAUUUUGCAGUAGUGGUUCCUAAUCUUUGGUGUGCUUAAAAAGCAAUUAGGUGUGUGCUGAAAAUGCUGACCCCUCGGCCCAGGGACCCAGAGAUUCUGAUUCAGACGUUAAGUCUGAAGAAGAAGCUGGAAUUCUGGGAUUCACAGCCCUCCAGGAGCUUCGGAUGCUAGUGCUAGUCCUUAACCCGUGGGAAGGACCACAGCCGCAAUGCUUGUAUCUUCAAAACAGAAAAAAGAAAAACAUAAGAAAAUGAGUGAUGACAGGACAAGGUGCUGUUUGGAUUUGUGAGUUAAUUUGUGUGUGACGUCAUACAAUUCCAUAACAUUAAGUAACAUGCAGACUGUUAACAGAUCACCUUUACUGAAAAGAAUCAAAUUUCACAGAAUGAAGACUGUCCUGGAGAAUCUGGGGUGUGUGGUUGCCGUAGUAAUCGAUGCCUUCUAGAACAAAUCCGUGCUUGGCUAAUUACAGCCUUCUAUUUUUAAACUCAUCUGCAUUCUUCUCCCCCAACCCCAACAUUGCUCACACGACUCCGGCAGUAAAAUACUGUUAUCUGUACAGCCCGUGCCCAUCUCAAAAUAACUUGUUUCCAGUCAGCCUCUGCCUGCUGUGGGAGGCAAGAGGCUGUGUUCCCCAAGCACCUGGAAGGCCAAACGGACACCUUUGAAAGAGCUCCAAACACUUAACAAAAUGGGAAUAACAGCAGCACAGACUUCCAGGGUUACCACUGCAUUGCAAGCACCCGCGGCCUGGGAGUCGGGGUGAGGCCGGCUGUGGGGGUCAGGCCACCACCGCCUGGAGCCAGGCCUGGGCCCCGCACUGCCUCCUGGGAAGCUCUUUGGUCACCAGCCAGAGAGGUGAUGGCAGAGCAGCGCUGGGGCCAACCCCACGGUCAGUCCAGAGCCUACGGGACCAUCUCAGGUCAUCCCCAGGGCCGUGUCAAGGCCCAGUACUCAAAGCCUGGGAAAAGGCUGCCAGCAGCCAUCCGCCAUCCGGAAGCCUGGCUGCCUGGGGUCGUGUUAACUCCAUCUGCAGGCCUGACUUCCCACAGCAGGGCUGUGGGUGCCGUGGAAACAGAUGAAGACCACCCAGUGACAGCAGGCAAGGGCUAUCAUUUGUCAGAACUUGCUGCAGCAAGAGGGGCACCUGCACCGUCCCCGGCUGCGUUGGUUUGCUCUGGCUGUCGUAACAAGGCACCGCGCGCUGCGGCCUCAGACAGCAGAAGGGAGUUCUCUCACAGCUUUGGAGGCUGGAGUCUGAGAUCGGGGAAUCAGAAGAGCCAUGCCCCCCCUGGAAGGUGCUGGGGAGAAUCUGUCCCAGGCCUCCCUCCUAGCUUCCAGUGGCUUGUCAGUGACCUUUGGUGUUCCUUGACUUGUCAAUGCAUCCCUGGGUCUCUGUGCAGAUCUGUGUCCAAAUUUCUCCAUUUUAUACGGACACCAGUCAUACUGGAUGAGGGGCCCACCCUACUCUGGUAUGACCUCGUCUUAGCUAAUUACAUCCACAAUGAUUCUAUCUCCAAAGAAGGGCACAUUCUGAGGUCCCGAGGAUCAGGACUUCAACACAGGAAUUCCUGGAGGACACAACUCAACCCAGAAGGCUGGCCUCUGGCCGAGACUCAAAAGCAAGCGAAGCAGGAAGUGGGAAAGCCUUAUGGCGAACAAGAGGGGCUUCAGGUGGGCCUGCUCCGGGCUUGUGCACAGGGAGGCAGGAAGCAGCAAACUAGAAGCGGGCAUCCUGUGUGGUUAGUUAUGAGAGCACAUACGCCUUUCUCUGGUUGGUCCUGAGCUGGAAGUCGGGCAGACUUUAGGGAAGUUGGCCAUCGCUGACUGAGUCCUGGCUGUUACGGGCCAGUUGCUGCAGCGGCUCUGUUUUCAUAUAUGUAUGGUCUCUCCAUUGUAUAUUCAAUCUCUCAGUGCAAAUGACACAUCCUGAUGUUCUCAGGGUGCUUCUGGGGCUGGAAUUGGGGGCAGGUGGUCCAGAAGACCCAGCCCUGGAAGGACUCAGUGCCUCCAAGAGGAGGCCCAGGACGGGCAACCUCACAGGGCAGAUCCACACAGACCCGUGGGUCCCCUUCUGCAACUGCCUCUGUUGACGCCCACCAGGCUGAGCACAGAUGGGAAGUGGGAAAGUGUGGGUACUUUGACUCCAGAGCCGCCGUCCUCUGGCUUUUUGGUUUAGCUCCCCUUGAAGGGCCCCAAAGAGCUUUUGCUGGGGAGAAAAGCUAUCAGU